CUGCUGUUCAGACUGGAAGGCACUCACACAACUAUUGGCUGCUCCGCCGCGACGUGGAAUCAAGUUCGGUUGAAAUUCACCAUGUUCAACUGCGUGCUACACUUUACUCUUACCUCUGUAAAUGUUACAGAUGUGUACAGUUGUUCCCCCUGUGCGAGAAAAAUAUCUGGACUGGUUGGAUAACGUGUUCUGAAUCCUGGCGUAUUUCCCUAACUUCACUUCCGGGUUUGACUUCCUGGCAGGACUGUCGCUGAAGUGUGGUUGCCAUGGAGUCAUUUGGCAGGCAGGAGUUCUUGUGGUUUCUUGCUGAAGGUUGUGUUGUGCCUACUGCUUGGCAAGGCCUGGAACAGGUGUGGCAGCUGCUGCUUGUCUGCUGCCUCUGCCGCAUUAUCUGCAGACUGGGUUUUUCAGUUCAUGUGAAGCAUCUGAGUUCAUUGGCAGGGGGCCUUUAUGUGCUGUAUGUGUUCUUUGAGCUAAACAUGAUAUGGGUGAUCACGCUCAGCCUCGUCUGCUACCUCAUCCUCUUCCUCUGCCGAAGCUCCAGCAACCGAGGAGUUUUUCUUUCCUUGGCUAUCCUCAUCUACAUGCUCAUGGGAGAGCUGCAUAUGAUAGAUGCAGAAACUUGGCAUAAGAUGAGAGGCUCUCAGAUGGUGGUGGCCAUGAAGGCCAUUUCUCUGGCUUUUGACCUUGACAGAGGGGUGGUGUCCUCCUUUCCUACAAUGCUGGACUUCCUUGGCUACAUAUGCUUUGUAGGAACAGUCAUCUUUGGCCCAUGGAUUAGCUUCAGCAGCUACAGAGAUGCUGUGGAUGGCCGUAAAAUGACUGUUGCCUGGUUUGCAAAAAUUAUUCUAAGCUUUAUGAAGAGUCAGGUUUGCCUCGUCAUCUCCACCUGCAUCGCUCCAUAUCUCUUCCCUUACUUCAUUCCCAUAUAUGUCGAUGGGCUACCUCAUAGAUGGCUUCAUGCCUAUGAGAAUGCUGUGUCCUUCCACUUCAGUAACUACUUUGUUAGCUAUCUGAGUGAAACAACCAUGGUUAUGGCUGGGGCUGGAUUUUCUGAGCAUAAAGACAACCUCAAGUGGGAUAUUACAGUGGCAAAGCCUCUCAAUGUUGAAUUCCCUAGAUCCAUGGUGGAAGUAGUCACUUCUUGGAACCUGCCUAUGUCUUGUUGGCUAAACAAAUAUGUCUUCAAGAGUACACUGAAACUUGGUACUUUUCCUGCCAUUUUGGUGACGUACACUGCUAGUGCUCUACUACACGGCCUCAGCUUCCAUCUAGGAGCAGUGCUCUUGUCUCUGGGGUUUAUCACUUACGUGGAGCAUGUUCUUCGAAAGAGACUAGCAGCCAUUUUCAGUGCCUGCAUACUGUCAAAGCGCUGUCUAAAUGACUGCAAGCAUCAGAACAAAACGAAUGUGUGGGUGUAUGGGAUUAAUCUUUUCUUCAGUGCAUUGUCCAUAUUUCACCUGACAUAUCUGGGCUCACUCUUUGAUCUGGAUGCUGAGGAUGAAAAGGGAUACCUGGCUAGUCACACUAUUCAGACAUGGUCAGAACUAAACUGGGCCAGCCACUGGGUGAUGCUAGGCUGCUGGGUCUUCUAUUGGCUCAUUUAAAGCGACGUAUGAAAACGUGAAACAUUGUCGUGUCUCGGCAGCCUGAAACUUUUCUUUGCUUUUCCACUCCUAUUGAGUGACCAUGAAAUUUGCCCAUUCAUCUUGUUUUCAUGCUUUAUUCUGAUACUGUAAAAUUUUAUAUUUUAGGCAUGAGACAUAAUUAAAAUGUCCUAGUUUUUGAUACAACAUUUGAUAUUUGACCAGAAAUAGCUUACAGUAGUGUAAAGAUAUUUAUUCUUUUCUAAUAAAACAUGAUGGUUCA